AUGGACCGCAAACGGAGCGCCAGUUACGCCCUUGAUGAAAAGCCGACGGAGAGCAUAACAGACACCUCACCGGCAACUGCACAGACACACAUGCCGAACGCUUCUGGAGACGGCGCCACUCCUGAAGAUGUGGUCCGCGAAACGCAAGCGUCCGACCUCUCGCGUCGGAGUUCGGACCAUCUGCCCCAGUCACAGCAGCAGCAAUCAGGUGCAGCAGCAGCUCCCGAUGCUGCUCAGAUGCAGACGGCGAAAAGGGAAACUCUGGCGCAGUCUUUGCUUCUCCUGCUGACGCUUCUCCCGAUGAUCAACAACAAUUAG